CCCAUCUAAGUCGUGACUACGUAAAGACAGUGCUGACCAAUGACGUAAACGUUGCUGACUCCUCACCCACGUAAUUGGGAUCUAACAGCACUUAUAAAAGCAUAGAUAGUAGAUUGAAGUGGUCACCUCAGAAAGAAGAUAAGAGAAGACGAGUACAAGAAAAUGUCUGUAAAACUCAUCACUGUCUUGUUGGCUGGUGAUAUCGAGCUAAACCCUGGCCCUAGUUGGAGGUACCCCUGUGGAGAAUGCUCAGGUCCUGUCAAGUGCAACCAGAAGGGAAUAUUUUGUGAUGUCUGCAACACCUGGCUCCACACCCACUGCAUUGGCCUCUCGGACCUAGACUAUUCCAUCCUGCAAGCAUCUCCUGACACCUGGGCCUGUAGGAGUUGCCUGUGCAACACUCUGCCCUUUCACAACGCCUCGCUUGGCUAUAAUAGCAACACCUCUAUAUCUGACCUAUCCAUCUCAUCCACCUCCACAUCUGCCCCAAAUGAAAAUCUAAACAUCGUAAGUUUGAACUGUCGAAGUCUACUUUCUAAAAUAGAUAAUUUGAGAUUACUAACUGAAGCCCAAAACCCACAUGUUGUCGCUCUCUGUGAAACAUGGCUUGAUGACUCCAUCAGCGACCGAGAGUUGUCUUGUGAGGGAUACUUCCUGGUAAGACGUGACAGAAACAGACAAGGCGGUGGAACUGCUGCUUACAUACGUGAGGACGUCCCCUUCACCAUCCACACCUCUCAUUCUUCAAUCGAAUUCCUGAUGUUAAAUUUGAAGCUAGCCUCAGGCUCCCUACUCUGCGGAAUAUUCUACAGACCCCCAUCCUCAAAAGCCGCUGUUCUAUCUGAGUUGGAGGCUACCCUGGAGAGCCUACCUCCUGUCAAACUAGUCCUGCUAGGCGACUUCAACAUUGACAUAACAAACUCAAAGGAUCCAUACCUUCAUCACAUCCAAUCUAUCAGUGACAAAUUAUCUCUCAAACAAGUUGUUUCGUCACCAACCAGAUCAACAACCUCAUCUUCGUCCAUUAUUGACCAUAUCUAUCUCACUGACAAUCCAAAACUUCUGUCCUGUGAAGUCGGCCCACCGCUUGAUGGCUGCGACCACAACACCAUAUUCGUCUCAUUGGACAUGUCCCCCCAAAAAGUGCUAAAGCUCCUUGCAGGAAAUUUUGGCUAUACAAGAAAGCAGACUUCGAGUCUGCCAACAAAGCUCUUAGGAAUAUUCCCACAAGCUCCCUCCCAGAUACUGAUGUUGACCUCUUUUGGUCUACCUGGUUCAAUGUAUUCAUGGCAACUAUGUCCAAGUUCAUACCUUCAAAACGAUCUCCCUCCAAAAAAAAACUGCCGUAUAUAA